UUUUUUUUUUUUUUUGAAUGCCUGCUUUCGACCGAGGAGGUUAUCUACGACUUUCAGAAAAAGUCACGUUUUCUUUUUUUUAAUUGAAACCCUUUCGCCGUUUUUGCUACCUCGGCGUUUUCUUUUCUUUUUAGCAAAACGUGGAUUGACAAGACAGCUUCACUGCACUCUGUUUCUGAGUGAGACUCACUCGAUGGGGUCGGCCCCGUCUUUGGCCGGCUUGUUAUGAGCUAAGACAGCUAUACCAUACCAGCACCACAAAAACCACUCCGACCUAACCUGCCGCGCGUGUUAUGGAAAGGGGGGGCGGCCAGAUGGCGGGCGAGGGGCGGCGGCAGCAGCGGCCGAGGAUUCUCUUCCUCGACGCCUACGACUCCUUCUCUAACAACAUCACGGCCCUGCUGACCACCCUCCUCGACGUCGACGUCUCGGUCCUGCCCAUUGACUCGGCCCUGCUACUCCUGGACAACGGCCAUGACGCCGGCAGCAGCAGCUUGUUCCGCCGUGAGCUGAGCCGCUAUGCCGCCGUCGUGUGCGGGCCCGGCCCCGGCUCGCCUGACAACGACGCCGACGUCGGCCUCAUGAGCCGCGUGUGGCGCCUCGCCGAGGCCGACCUACUACCCGUCCUGGGCAUCUGCCUCGGCCUACAGAGCCUCGUGGCCAGCGUCGGCGGCAAGGUCCGCCGCCUGCAGCGCGGCCUGCACGGCAUGGUGCGCGAUAUCGUGCACCAGCCACUGCUGGACCGCGAGCCCCCCGAGACCACCACAGCCGCCGACGACGGGAACAUCUUCCGCGGCGUGCGCCCUUUCAAGGCUACCCUCUAUCACAGCCUUUGCGGCGACAUUGGCCAGCACGCCGUGCCGCCCGCCGAGUGGGCCGACGCCCGCUGGCAUCCGCUGCCGGCCUGCCCCGACUUAGUGCCGCUGGCCUGGGUCGAAGAGGACCGCAGUAGCUGUAGUAGCCCGGAACGGAUCCUGAUGGCCGUCAAGCACCACACCCGCCCGUUCUGGGGGCUCCAGUACCACCCUGAGUCGGUGUGCACCGAGAAGGAGGGCAACCGUGUUAUUGUUAACUGGUUCCGCGAGGCCAUGCAGUGGAACGAGCGGCGCGGGAGGAUAGCUUCAAGCAAUGCUGACGCCGACGCCAUGUUUUCUCCGUUUGCCAGAGACGCGACGAAGCCGAGCUUGCUCUCGCAGCUAACGCCGGGCAGCAGUGCCAUGGGGGCGAAUGCAGCGGAAACUCGUCCAGAGUCGGCAGCAGCAGCAGCAGCCGGCUGGUGGGAAGAUAUGGAAGUUGACCCCUUGCUCCGCUCUGUGGCGGUGCCCCUGCCCCGCGGCAUACAGGUCCCCGAUGUGGUCGAGGCGCUUGACCUGGAGGGCGCAGAGCGCAUCGUCCUGGACUCGGCCAAUGCAGCUGCUUCAGCUGCGGCGCGCCCCGACGUACGCGGCAGGUAUAGUAUUAUUGCUGCUGGCCUGGACGAGGCGCUGCAUCUUGAAUAUCACACAGGCGACGACUUCGCUACCAUGAGAGUCAAGUGCGUGGAUGGGCUGCCAGUCGAACUGUCGCAGCAGGUGCCCCUGGCCAGCUACGGCAGCAUCUGGGGUCUGGUGGCUAGUUUUCACGAAGCGAGGCAUGUCGAGGCAACAGAGCCAGCCGAGGUCCCCUUUGUUGGUGGGUUUAUGGGAUACAUCACGUAUGAGCAAGGAUUGAUGGACAUUGGCGUCCCCCUGGAACAGCCCCGACCGCAUCACCGGCCGGAUGUCAGCCUCGUCUGGGUCACAAAGAGCCUCAUUAUCGACCAUCUAGCGGGUGUGGUCCACAUCCAGCAACUCUGUGCUCACAACUCGGAGGCAGAUGCCUGGGUAGAAAAGUCUGCAGCCAGACUGCUAUCGCCGCAGCACACACAAAGUGCAAGAGUAGCCCACGACUUCGCCGCCCCGAGAAAGGAUGGCCAGCACCACCACCACGCUGCUGCGGCGUACCAGCCGCCCGUCAAGAUGCGGCGCCCGUCCAGAAGCACAACCAUACAGACGCCCCUGACCAAGGAAUACGAGCGGAAGGUGGAGCUAUGCCAGGACUUCAUUGCCGCAGGCGACUCGUACGAGCUCUGCCUCACGGACAAGACCCGGAUCACGCGGCCACGGAGUGACUCGUCGACCACGGAGCAUCCUGCCGCCCCGGUUGCGCGCAAGCAGCAGAAACAACGGCGACGCCGGUCGUCGCUCGCACAUGUACUACCCAGCUCGUGGCAGUUGUUCAAGACGCUGCGCGCCCGCCAGCCGGCCCCUUUCGCCUCGUACCUCCGCCUUGGGGCGGUGACGCUGGUCAGCGCGUCGCCUGAGCGGUUCCUGCAGUACGACCGCGAGGGCCGGUGCUCGAUGCGGCCGAUGAAGGGGACGGUGCGCAAGUCGGAGGCGGUGGCGACGCUGGCGCAGGCCGAGCGCAUCCUGCACGUGCCCAAGGAGGAGGCUGAGAACCUCAUGAUCGUCGACCUGGUGCGCCACGACCUGCACGCCAUCUGCGGCGCCGGCAACGUGCGCGUGCCGCACCUGCUCAAGGUCGAGGAGUACCAGAGCGUCUUCCAGAUGAUCACCGUUGUCGAGGGCCAGCUGCCGCCGCCGUCUCCCGACGAGGAGAAGAGCAGCAGCCGGUACACGGGCCUCGACGUGCUUGCCGCCAGCCUGCCGCCCGGCAGCAUGACGGGCGCGCCCAAGAAGCGCAGCUGCGAGAUCCUGCAGCAGAUCGAGCAGCACCACGAGCGCAGCCUGUACUCGGGCGUCGUCGGCUACAUGUGCGCCACGGGCCGCGGCGACUGGAGCGUCACCAUCCGCAGCCUGUUUCGCUGGGACGACGAGGACCACAGCCCUAGCCACAACACCGCCUCGUCUCCCGGCGUCGUCGCCGACAGGACGGGGGCGGCAGAGGGCGCCGCCAGCGAGCCCCAGGAGGUCUGGCACAUCGGUGCCGGAGGCGCCGUCACCAUCCUCAGCACCCGGGAGGGCGAGCGCGAGGAGAUGUUCACCAAGCUGGCCGGCCCGCUGCGAGUCUUUGCGGAUGGACUUCACUGAGACAGACACUAUUUAGGGGGGAUACGAGGCAACAGAAAAAAGGGGGGCCGAUACUCAACGUAUCAUCUAUCUAUAGGAGGAGGUGGGCGGGGAAAUUCAUUAGUACACACAUAUACAUGGAUGUCUGCGCAUUGCAAGGACGGGACGGCUGGCGUCUGUUUACCAUAAUUUCUUUCCCAUUUCCUUUUUUAUUUUCUGGAAGGAAUCUAGAUAGGUGCUUGUUAGAAAGCUCAACGGAGCGAUUCCAGAUCUGAUAGGUGAUAAUACAAGCUUAACCUUUGUAACAUAAUAUCAUAUCAUAUUAUUUUCGUACCUGACGCAAAAGGGGGGCAAUUAAUCGUAUCAACGCCUGGAUAUAUAAUUAGAGGGCUAUAUAUUUGGUUGCUG